AUGGCAGGAGUGGAUCCAUUUGUGGCCCAGCAUCACUUAAACGUUGAUCCGAAAUGUAAGCCAAUUAUUCAGAGAAGUCGGCGGAUAGCCGCGGAGUAUACUUCGGCCGUGGUUGAAGAAGUUAAUCGGUUACUUGAUGCCGGGGCAAUUUGUAAGGCCUCCAACAAAGUCAUCCUGGACGGCAUCAAGAAAAGGUUAAAGAAAGCUAAAGGCCGAUGGGUCGAAGAGCUGUCCAGUGUGUUAUGGGCUUAUCGCGCUACUCCAAGGCGAUCCACUGGGGAAACGCCAUUCGCUCUGUGCUUUGGAACGCAGGCAAUCAUCCCCUUAGAGAUCGGCCUACCCACUUUGAAAACAGAGGUGUUUGACUUGGGCCGUAAUGACAUGAUGUUGGCGUUGGACUUGACUCUGAUUGAGGAACGUCGAGACCGUGCCCUUGCUUCUAUGGCACGGUGUCAGCAACAACUCGCUAAAUCAUAUAAUCAACGCGUACAGCUGUGUCAUUAUACACCUGACGAAUUGGUCCUCAAGAAAGUGUUUCUCGCUACUAGGAAUCCCGCUAACGGAAAGUUAGGCCCCAAUUGA